CUGGUGUCUGCCCCGCGUGUAGCAUCUAAUCCCGUAUAAAUUCUCCAACAGGAGGCAGAUCCAACUCAAAGCCGGUUUUUCGCUAUGUGGUCAGUCACGGACCAGCUGCGGCGACAAUAUUAGCAACCCACAAAAUGACGGAAAACACCGGUCGUCACACAGCAGGACGGCUCCACGCCAGGUCUUGAAGUUGCCUAUUGACUCCGAAGGGUGGGAAGAGAUUAAUUGAGGCAGAGUCCCUAAUUCCACGUAGCGCCUGUACUGUGGGGAUAGGGUUGGUGGGGAUCUGCGGACCUGCAGCAGUCCGCCUCGACCGGGACGCCUUGCGCCUGCGCGCCCCGCUCUCGUCUCCAAGGCAACAGCCGGCCCGGGCCUUGCCUGCUGAGGCCUGGCCCCCGGCGGUUCCGAUGUAUCAAUGGAUUCGCGGCAACUUCUCCUCGCUCUUACCCGCCGGCCCGGAACCUCCGCCACUUGGCGCUUCUAACCGCAAAGUCGCCGGCCCCUUGAAGAGAACCUACGAGAGUGUCCAGGCUUCCAGCGAUGAAAUUGAAUGGAAAUCAGUAAAGAGGCAAAAGCUGGAUGACUUUGUGAAUGCAGUUAAGAAGUCUUUAACAGGAAUUGUCAGCUAUAUAAAAUCAGUGUCGCCUUUUGGUUACAAAGUCAUGCAAGUAGAAUCCAAAUCCUCCAUGCAGAGGAAGUCGAGCCAACCAUUGAAACAGGAACUUUCCUUUUCCCUGACUGAUCUCCAUGACUCCAAUUCUCAGGACUCUUUAUCAAGAGUGGACUUAAAAGUAGAUAUUGGCCAGGAACUGAGGAGGAAGAACCAUGGGAAUGAAGGAAAAUGGCAUGAAUUUGACAAGAUAAAGCAAAAAAAAGUCCUUGACCUUCCAGGAAAAACCAGUGAGCUGAGGCCUGUUCCUCUACAGCACCGCAGCCUUCCAUCUACACCACCACCAAUCAGGAAUGACGUCAGGCACAGCACUGUAAACCAGAGCACAGAGAAGAAUGAGAAGGAACAGUAUAAACUCCUGCUACGACUGGUAGCUGCAGGAUUAGAUAAGAAGUCUAAGCAGCAACCCUCAGUUUCCACUUCAAAAGCAAUAUCUGUUUCAGCCAAUCCCAGCCAGUGCCAUCAGUCAAGGACAGGUUACAAGGAAAAACAAGGCAGCUUUGAAAAUAAUCCAUUAUCACUCAGAGUGAGUGAAGUAGGUCUACCCAUGUGGAAGGAAUCUAGUGCCAAAUCAGUAUCAGGGAAUAUCAACACAAGUAGGCAGACCCAUUUUGACCGUCAGUCAGAAAUCUUGCAGAACGCUGGAGGAAAGCCUGCUGUGGGAAUCAAAGCACUUGCAGAGAAACAGCACAUAGAACAAGACCUAUCACGUGAAGUUGCAGCUCGAUUGUACCUGAAUGACGGUGAUGCCACAGCGGCUGUUAAUGUGCCAACCUCUGAAAUCCUGAAGGAAAAUCUAAGCACCUUAACAAAAGAGCAGAGAGGCAAUCUUCCACGAUUUACUGAGAAAAUGGUGGAGGAGGUGAGAAAGGCCCUUGACUAUGGAGAACCUGAUGAAGUGCUCAGCACUGGGUUUAAACUGAAGAUAACACGAAAAGAUAUCAGCACUCUCUGUAAUUACAACUGGCUCAAUGAUGAGGUGAUUAACUUCUACAUGUGUUUAAUUAUGGAAAGAAGUAAAGAAGCUUAUUUUCCUGGAGUUUACGCAUUUAAUACUUUCUUCUAUUUGAAACUGCACACUGGAGGAUACCAGACUGUAAAGCAAUGGACGAAAGGAGUGGAUUUAUUUGAAAAGGACCUUAUACUGGUACCAGUACAUUUAGGAGUACAUUGGUGUUUGACGGUUGCAGAUUUAAGAAAAAAGAUAAUCCUUUACCUUGAUUCCAUGGGUCAGUGGAAUGACGAUGUGUGCUGGACACUGCUACAAUACUUGCAGGAAGAAAGCAGGAACAAAAAAGGCCAUCAGUUGGAUUCCUCCAAGUGGGUUCUCCGCAGCAUGAGAUCUCAUGAGGUUCCACAGCAGCUGAAUGGAAGUGACUGUGGGGUAUUUGUGUGUAAAUAUGCUGAUUACAUUGCAAGAGAUGAACAGAUUACUUUCACCCAGCAUGAUAUUCCCUACUUCAGGAUGAAAAUGGUUUGGGAGAUCCUCCACAAGAAGUUACUGUGAUUUUUGGGGUGUUGACAGGCAUAACACAGGAAGUAAUGUCUUGUGUUCACUGUGCUGGCCUUUGCAUGGCUGAAGUGUGCCAACUACUGGGCUCUUCUGGGAACCUGGGGAUUUUAUCCAUGGCGAGAACCACCAUGGUAGCAUUAUCCUCACCCUCUCCUCAUUGAUGUUUUGUGAGAAUUUGAAGAUGUGGAAGAUAACAGGAGUAAGUAUAAACUAGACAUCUAGCUCAGCUUUUAUUGUCCGAAAAGCCAAAUCUGGUGUGGUUACUGACUUCUGCGCAAAUGUAUGGUAGAGAACUCUGUCUCACUAAUGCACCCAACAGCAAUAAGAAGAGUGUUCUAAGGGCUUCUUGUACUCCUGCCCUUCCAAAACAGCAUGUGUAGGUUGUGAUGCCAGCAGCUAAUGCAGUCAAUGAAGGAAUCUUCCUUUUUUUUGGGACACAUGAAGCAAAAUUGUUGCCAUUUCAGGGACUGGCUAAUGUUGCCAUAGUAUAUUCCUUCGGAUAUUACAACUGCAUCUCUCUAGAAUCCAAUAGACUCGUAAAUCCUUUGGGUACUGUUCCAAUGUGUUGUGUUGAAACUGAGAUUUAUAACUGCAUUUAAUAAAGUUCAUUUCUGACGUUA